AUGGCUAUAAGAAAUGGUUUUGACAAUGAAUUCAAUACGUGUUACGUGACCUUCCCGAGGAAAUGCUCAACAACUAUCGUCGACUACUUGCGUGCCCUGACCUCUGAUUGUGCCGACCCCAAGAUAACGAUCGCCCUCGAUUUGCUGCAUAUAAGGAAACGGAAUCGUCAAUUCAACCACUCUUUCUUCGACUCUCGUGGCUCCACCGACCGUCUCCAACAAGGACUCCACCGAUGA